AGAAAACGAAAGUGAAUGUUUAUUUAUAACCUGAGUAGUUAGAGACAGACGGACGUUUGUAUUCUAAAGGUUUAAGUUAUUAGCGAACAAUGGCUCGCAAAGAUUUUCUUGUAGCCGUCAUUGGAUUGGCCAUCAUAUGUUUAUCUGACGCAGUUUUCCCUCCUAAGGUUCAAGUGUACACAAGAAAACAUCCAGUGAAUGGAGAGGAUAAUGUCUUUCAGUGUUAUGCAAGUGGAUUUCACCCCCCUGACAUCAAGAUCGCAUUGAUGAAGAAUGGACAGGAAAUGAAGGACUCGCAGCAAACAGACAUGGGAUUUGCUAAUGACUGGACCUUCAAAGUUCUGAAAUAUGCACCUUUUACUCCAAACUCUAAUGACAAGAUUGAAUGUCGAGUGUCUCAUCAUGGAGAUGACAAAUCAUAUGUUUGGGAUCCUUCAUUCUGAAAUUCCAUCAACACAUGAAACUUUAAGGAUGGACUCUGAAAGAGUUGAUUUGCCUUCUGCAAUAUACAUCUCCAUAUCACGUUUGCCUUUGUUUUAAGAAAUUUUGUAAUUUUUCCUCAUUUUUCAUCUGACUUAAUGAUACGUGUUUUCAGAAGAAGCACUUAAAUAUGUAUAUUUUUUUUCUUUUAAAGCAACUUAGAGAGGAAAUGCACAUAAUGGACGUUCAUUUGAGUGACAUUUUAUAAGUUUUCUUAUAGUGUAUGCAAUUGGUGUACAGAUUGAGCUCUUUGCAAGAUUAUCCUCUGCUUUUUAAUGAAGUUUUUACUUGUUUAAUUGUCUGAAGUUUAUUGAGCAAGUCAGUCUGUAAACUGUCUAAAAGGUGUAGCAGGCUGUCUCUAAUAUAUUACCUUGCUUAUUCGUUGAUUUAAAUAAGUGGUUUCUUAAAUUGUCUUUCAGGAUAAAGGGUUGAGAUUGAAGUACAGCAGAAGUUCAUUUUUCUGUUUUAAAAUAUGAUGUUGAAAUCUUGUAACGUACUUGAGGCUGUUUAAAUAAAGAAUUUUUUUCUCCUUAAAAA